GUUCCUGCUGCUGCUGGGUACUUGAUAGCAGAGAAGAGCCCGAGAAAAACAGUCACAGAGGAAGAAAUCUUACCAGUUUUGAAUAAUUAUAUGGAUAGAUAGGGUUAGAAGUUCUUGAGUUGCUUCUAAACAGAGCUAAAUAGAGGUGUAAUUCGUGAACUAAAUUUGCAUCAAUCUCUUAUGGAACUAGCACUUUCUUCUCGAUUGUUCCCUUCAAAUGCAACAAGAGGUGUCCAUAAGAUUAAGCCUUAUAGCUCCAUGCUCAUUGCCUCACAAAAGUUGUCCGCCCAGAAAUCGUUUCCAUGUCUUGCAGCUGUUGCUACCCAAGCAGCCCAGACGGUGGAGCUUGAGGUAGAGAGCAAGAAACAUGAGCUGUUGAGAGCUAUACAAGACACCGGAAGGGGCCUUGUUACAACUGAUGAUCAACGCUCGUUUAUAGAGGAGGCUCUGGUGAGUGUGGAGGGCUAUAACAUGGGUGCACCAAUAGACUUGGUGAAAUUGGAUGGGACGUGGCGUUUGCAAUAUACUUCCGCUUCUGACGUUCUCAUUCUUCUGGAAGCGGCUGAAAGGCUACCAUUUUUUCAGGUUGGGCAAAUUUUUCAGAAAUUUGAAUGCAAAGACCAGACCAACGGGGGAGUAAUCCGUAAUGUUGUCAGAUGGAGCAUUCCACCUUUGUUAGAGGAACAAGAAGGUGCGACUCUGCUAGUUUCUGCAAAAUUUUCGGUUGUUUCUGUGCGUAACAUCUACCUUCAGUUCGAAGAGAUUAAUGUUCAAGAUAUUAAAAUCAGUGAAGAGCUGCAGGCUCUAAUAGCUCCAGCAAUAUUGCCACGAUCGUUUUUAAGUUUACAGAUCUUGCAGUACCUCCGGACUUUCAAAGCGCAAAUUCCCGUUAGAGAUCCAGGAAGUAGGCAAUCAGUCGGAGGACUAUAUUACCUUUCUUACUUGGAUGCUAAUAUGCUUUUGGGGCGCGCGGUUGGCGGUGGAGGAGUUUUUGUUUUCACCAAAGCUCAACCUCUGAAGUAAUGGGGAAAGCUAGUGAAACCAAUUACCGGCACCUAUUUUUUUCGUGUGAAGAAAAGCUUCGAAGGUGGUAUGUGGCUGAUGAGAUUACGGUUUAGCUCAACAAAUAUCGUAAGACUAUUGUCUAUUUUUUCCAUGAGCAGUAAUGUUUACCAGGUACAUUCUUGUGAACCUUGCUCCCUCUCCCUUGUGGAAAACUGAAGAAUACAGAGGCCUUUCGUCC